UUCGUCGCGACGAGUCGAUUCGUAUCGCAUCGCCAAACAAAAAUGGUUGUUGCGUCGCCUUCGUAAAUCGCAUUAUUAUUGGUUAUGUGUAACCGGUUGCAGUGUUUGUGAUAUUCUUGUGACGAGCAGGAAGAAAACACAUGCAAAAUGUUGGAAAUUCCGUUAAUGACAACGGAUGAGGUGAUUGAAUUAGAUCCGGAACAGUUACCGGCUGGAGAUGAAGUGCUCGGUAUUCUGCAGCAGGAGCGCUCGCAACUCAGUGUUUGGAUCAAUGUUGCGCUUGCCUAUUACAAACAAAAGAAGAUUGAUGACUUCCUCAAAAUCCUGGAGGCGUCCCGUGUGGACGCCAACAUGGAGUACCGGGAUGUCGAAAGGGACCAAAUGCGAGCUCUCGACAUGCUCGCUGCUUACUAUGUUCAAGAAGCCAAUAAGGAGAAAACCAAAGAUAGGAAGAAAGAGUUAUUCACAAAAGCCACUUUGCUGUAUACAAUGGCAGAUAAAAUCAUCAUGUAUGAUCAAAACCAUCUCCUUGGCCGAGCCUACUUCUGUCUGCUUGAAGGAGACAAAAUGGAACAAGCAGACGCUCAGUUCAACUUUGUACUGAACCAGUCUCCCAACAAUGUUCCCUCUCUUCUUGGCAAAGCCUGCAUAGCCUUCAACCGCAAAGAUUACAGGGGAGCGCUGGCAUUCUAUAAGAAGGCACUGAGAACUAACCCCGAUAGCCCUGCGGCAUUGCGGUUGGGGAUGGGGCAUUGCUUUAUGAAGUUAAAUAACCAAGAAAAAGCUAGGAUGGCUUUUGAAAGAGCCCUACAGUUAGACCCACAAUGCGUGGGCGCGUUAGUGGGCCUGUCCAUCCUCAAGCUUAAUCUACAAGAGAAUGAGUCAAACAAGAUGGCUGUGAUAAUGUUGUCCAAGGCGUACGCCAUAGACCCUAAGAACCCUAUGGUUUUGAACCAUUUGGCGAACCACUUCUUUUUCAAGAAGGACUACAGCAAAGUACAACACUUGGCUCUCCACGCGUUCCACAACACAGAGAAUGAGGCCAUGCGCGCAGAGUCAUGUCACCACCUAGCGCGAGCGUUCCACGCGCAGGGCGACUGCGAUCAGGCCUUCCAGUACUACUACCAGGCGACACAGUUCGCGCCGCCCAACUUCGUACUGCCGCACUAUGGGCUCGGGCAGAUGUAUAUCUAUAGAGGAGACACUGAGAAUGCCGCCCAAUGCUUUGAGAAAGUCCUGAAAGCCCAGCCCGGCAACUACGAGACCAUGAAGAUUCUCGGCUCACUCUACGCCAAUUCAGCCUCGCAGUCCAAGAGGGACAUAGCCCGGCAGCAUUUGAAGAAAGUCACCGAACAGUUUCCUGAUGAUGUGGAGGCUUGGAUCGAACUGGCACAGAUAUUGGAGCAGAAUGACUUACAGGGAUCCCUGAACGCGUACAGCACCGCCAUGAAGAUCCUGAAAGAGAAAGUGAACGCGGACAUCCCUGCGGAGAUAUUAAAUAACGUAGCGGCCCUUCACUACCGGCUAGGCAAUCUACAUGAGGCCAAAACUUUCCUAGAGGAAGCACUAGAAAGAGAGAAAGUAGAUGCGGAAACUUUAGACGCCCAGUAUUACAAGUCCAUAGCUGUGACUACUACAUACAACCUGGCUAGGCUCAACGAAGCCCUGUGCAUGUACAACAAGGCUGAGAAACUGUAUAAGGACAUUCUGAAAGAGCAUCCUAAUUAUAUUGAUUGUUAUUUGAGACUAGGUUGCAUGGCGCGCGACAAAGGUCAGAUCUACGAGGCUUCAGAUUGGUUCAAAGAAGCCCUAAAAGUGAACACGGAGCACCCGGACACGUGGUCGCUGCUCGGGAACCUGCAUUUGGCGCAGCAGGAGUGGGGCCCCGGACAGAAGAAGUUCGAGAGGAUACUGCAGAACUCUUCUAACGCCAGCGACGCCUACUCGCUGAUAGCUUUAGGUAACGUGUGGCUCCAAACUCUGCAUCAACCAUCCAGAGAGAAAGACCGAGAGAAGCGACAUCAAGAACGAGCAUUGGCCAUGUACAAACAAGUUCUGAAAGUCGACGUUAAGAAUAUCUGGGCCGCGAAUGGCAUCGGCUGCGUUCUUGCACACAAGGGUUGUGUGAACGAAGCUCGCGACAUCUUCGCUCAAGUGCGAGAGGCCACAGCGGAUUUUCCGGAUGUUUGGAUGAACAUCGCUCACAUUUAUGUGGAACAGAAGCAAUACAUCAACGCUAUACAAAUGUACGAGAACUGCAUUCGCAAGUUCCGCAUGCACCACGACGUGGAAUGGCUUACCUGGCUCGCGCGCGCGCACGGCCUCGCCGGCCGACCGCAGGCCGCCAGGGCUGCCUUACUACGAGCCAGGAGAGUCGCACCACACGACACAGCCCUAUUGUACAAUGCAGCACUCACACUGAGGAGGCUCGCGUCACAUGUGUUGAAAGAUGAGAGGAGUUCUUUGGAUGUAGUGUUGAGAGCGGUACAUGAGUUGCAGGUGUCACACAAAUACUUCCAACGCCUAGCCUCAACAGAGAGCGGCGAAGGCGCCGAGCGAGCUCGCUACGAACCCGCGGCCGCCGCCGCCGAAGCUCGAACAUGCGCCGACCUGCUCUCUCAAGCGCAAUGGCACGUGGCCAGAGCGAGACGACAACACGACGAGGAGGUCACCAUGCGUGACCGACAGAGAGAGCAGAGAGAAGCUUUCAGGAAGCAACAGGAAGAAGAGCGCCGCCGUCGCGAGGAACAACAUCAAAAGAGCACCGUCGAGCAACUACAGAAGAGACAAGAGUUCAAAGAGAAGACCAAAAACGCCUUACUCUUCGCCGACAUGCCGCUUGAGGAGAAGAAGAAGGGAGGCAGGGGGAGGAGGAAGGACGAAUAUGUGUCCGAUUCGGGCAGCGGCAGCGAUCGGCCUAAUGAAGAGAACGAUCGGCCUAAUGAAGAGAAACGGGAGAAAAAGAAGAAGAAGGAGAAAGGCGACCGCAAGGGCAAGAAGCGCCGCGACCGCGCCUCGGGCUCCGACAGCGACCGCCCGCCCAACAAGCGCGGCCGCAACAAGGCAAAAAGAGGGGGUAAGAGAGAAAAGUCUUCUAAAGCGGCGGACGAGAAGCUCAGCGCCAAACAGCGGCUCAAGAUCGUUUCCAAGGAGACCAUCUCCACGUCCGAGUCCGACUCGGACGCGGGCAGUCGCCGCUCGCGCAGUCGCAGUCGCAGCGGCAGUCGCAGUCGCAGUCCACCCGCCAAGGGAGGCAGGAAGAGGAUCAUGUCCAACAGUGAUAGUGACAGGUCACGUUCCAAAAGCCGUUCGAAAUCCCGCAGCCGAUCUCGCUCCGGCUCAGCCAAGAGCCGGUCCCGUUCAAAGAGCCGCUCUCGGUCCAAGUCUGGCUCACGAUCGAAGAGCCGCUCUCGUUCCAAGAGCAGGUCCCGUUCCAAGAGCCGGUCUAGGUCGAAGAGCCGGUCCCGGUCGAAAAGCCGAUCCCGAUCGAAGAGCCGGUCCCGGUCGAAGAGUGGUUCAAGGUCGAAGAGCCGGUCGAGGUCAAAGAGCAGGUCGAGAUCGAAGAGUCGUUCGAGGUCCAAGAGUGGGUCAAGGUCUAAGAGUCGGUCAAAGUCGCGGUCCAAGAGCCGGUCGAAGUCACGGUCGAAGAGCGGCUCGAGGUCACGGUCAAGAUCAAAGAGCAAGUCGCGUUCGAAAUCGCGUUCCCGCUCCAAGAGCCGGUCCCGGUCCAAGAGCCGCUCGCGCUCCAAGAGCCGCUCCCGCUCUAAGAGCGGAUCCCGGAGCGGCUCCUCACGGCCCGACACGCCCGUGUCCAGGAAGUCCGUGUCGGCCAGCGACGACGACAACUAGACUCACCACGCACUCCCGCAGGCCCGCUUGCACCAUCCCCCUAAUCCGGGGUUAAGCGGUUAAACCGUUAACUCGGUGUCUGUACUCAGUUGUACAGUCAGCAGCAGAAGGAGCUACGCGGGCGAGGUAUUCAAAAUUACCUUGACACGAUCUUAAGGCCUGUCCAUAAAUUACGUCAUCGAUUUUUGACGUUUUUGCCCCCCCCCCCCCCCCCUUAAAAUCAUCCAAAAAACAUGCUUUGAAUGACCCCGUUUCCUUCUACGUCAUACUACCAUCAUCCGAUGUCCAGAAAAUCUGAAAUGACGUAAUUUAUGAAUAGCCCCUUAUCCUCUUAACAAUAAAGUCGCGUCAAGAUCAUUUUACUGACCCGAUUAGCAACUUCUGUUGCUGACUGAACCAUGAUAACUCCAGGUUGAACCGGAACCCCAGGUUGGUGGAAUGGUGCAAGUGGCCCUUAGGAAUUAUGAAUUGCGAGAGACAAGAGCGUCUUCACGAGUGUAUAUAGGUUUUACAUUAAUUUACUGACAAACGAAACUACACUAAAUAUUAGAGGGCCUCGUUCGCAAAUUUCGGGCAUCUUUCACUUUUACCACAUAAUAAAUAAUAGUACUAAGUACAGAAGGUCCACUCUAUAACGCGUCUAUUACGAGAGAUACAACCGCGAGGAGGCAUCCGUUCCAUACCGUUGCGCGGGCACCUACUACUAGACACCAAAACUGGUUUUGCCGUAUGUACUUGUAGCGACGCGACGAAAUCGCCGAGUGAACCGCGCCUGCUUUUACUCCAAUUAAAUUGACAGAGAUAGUUUCUCAUUUACAAAAGUGACUCCGAUUUUAGCGGCUGUAACCCAGGUUAUGUAAGAAUGCAAUACUAGAAAAAAAAUUUGCUAACUCCAAACACUGGAUAAGGUCGAUCAUUCUGAAAACCAGCUAGGUUUCUAAACUUGAUAAUCUAAUCAAAUUUUACACUUGCGUAUUUCCUAAAGUACGACCAGCAAAGUAAUUUCUGUAUUUCUUAGUUUAAUCAUUAUUAAUAUUGUGUUAAACGGAUUAAUAAAGCUAGGCACCGGGCAGUUCUACAAAAUCCAAGAAAGUACAAUGACGAAUUAUGAUUCUAUGUAUCAUUCUUUCUAUUCUAUUCAUCAUCGUUAUAAUUAUCUUAAAAUACGAGGCGUAUAUCAACCAAUCAGUAUUGUGUUUACAUUACUUUGGCAAGAAUGUCAUGUCUUAGGGUGGUAUUCCACCUGACCAAUUUUUUAUCAAAUGCAUUGCGUCUCACUCUCAUUAAGCAAAAUGUGAGAUGUAAAUAUGUACAAAUUUGAUCAAUUAUUCGACAGGUGGAAUAGCACCCUAACCCAUUUAUGUACACAUAAGUAGUACAGUCGCCAUCAGAUAUAUCGGAGCGGCCAAGGUGUUCACAAUAUCUGAACACGCACUCUAACGCCCUGACAAUAGAGGCGUGUGCAGAUGAUUGUGAGCACCUUGGCCGCUCCGAUAUAUCUGAUGGCGACUGUACUAGUACUUACCUACUGAACUAUCAACUGCAUAUCUUGACAUAUUUUUUUUUAUUGUAGAUAUGAAUUAUUGACCUUUUCCCUCUUAGAUCUGUGACUGAUGUCUAAAAAAGAUAUUUGAUGUGAGGGACAUACUCAAACUUGAUCUAAGUUGUCUUUCUUGUUCCUGAAAUUUUGGGACUUUGGAGAAAUGACUGCCAACAAUUUGAUGUAGGCCAAAUCGAUUUAUGCCAAUACAUUUGUGCCAAUUCAAUUAAAACUCGAAACCACAAUACAUGUCUUUAACGAAAGGGGAAUUUGCUAUUCUUUAGUACAUGUAUUUAUUUAGCCUUGUUAGAAUAAUGUCAGUGUCUCUAAUUCCGGGUACAUGGAAGACAAUUUAUUUUUAACAAUGUCGGUAUGUCCUGUAAAAGCAAGAGUAGACCCGAUUGAAACGGCAACUUGUAUACUUUGACUCUUUGAGCGUCAACGGCGCCAUACAUGGGCGGCGUGUUCUAAUAAUUCUUCUUAUUCUUAAGUUCUUGGCAAUUAAGUCUCCACAUGCAUCCACAAUAACAAACGUGUGAACGAGGGUGUUUGGCUUGGCUUGCGUAAGCUUAUCGACGAUCCGAACCAGUGUCGGUUUUUGAACACAGAUCAAAGGAAUACAAUACAACCUGUCCGGAAUACAAUAACGCACUUGCAAGCGCGCAGAGUCUGUAGAGGUCGAGUAUUGGGCCCCAUACAUUCCACUACUCUUCUCUUUCCGCACAAACUCUAAACGGUAUUCAAGCGUUUGUACAGCCUUGGAACUUACUGUAGACGUUUGCCAAGUCUCGGCAAGCGUGUAAAUGUAGCAAGCUCUGUUUUUAUAUUCGAGAUACUAAAAUGACAUUUCGAAUGGCAAAUUUACUACCCUGCUUUUGUACCAAUAUUGGACUUGACAGCUUACAAAUUAGUAUCUUCCCAGAUUCCGGGAUAAAAGAACAAGGUUUAUAGAAAUCAAGUUUUACCAAGGACUGAACUAACUCUACAAUGACUAACUAUCCAAGUGUGGCUCGUUUAUACUAGCUCUACUCCUUAUUUGUUUUAUCUUUGAUUAUGAAUUUAAUAUGAUUUUAUUAUUGUUCUCGUUGCGUCUUGGAAUAUUUAAGUACAUGAUUCGCGUUCAUCGUUUGACGCUCAAGGGUUAAUGUAUGAAUAUGCCUACUGUAUGAAAAUGCUUUAUUUAUUCAAAGGCACCAUUGUUUACUCCGCGAACGUGUUGAAUAUUUAUAAAAUAAAGAUAUAUUCACUGAUAA